AUGGCCGGAGCUGCGAUGGCCGAGCCGGGCUGCCCGCCUCCCGCCGCGCCUCCGGAGCCCGGCACCGAGGGGCUGCCGCGCGCCUUCCUGCAGAGCCUGCGCACCCUCUCCGACAUCCUGGACGACCGGCGGCGCGGCUACGUGCACCUGCGCGAGAUCGAGUCCCGCUGGCAGGGAGCCGACGCGCGGGAGCUGCCCCGCGGCGCGGAGGGCCUGCGCCAGGUGGCCCCGGCCAGCGGCUACCUGACCUUCGAGCGCUUCGUGGCCGGCCUGCGCACCUCGCUUGUGAGCGCCGACGGCGGCCCUCGGGGCCCGGCGCGCGCCCUGGCCCGGGGAGGCGACCCGGCGCGGCCCUCCGGUGGCCAGCCGCCACCGCUGCCGCCGCAGCGCCUGGUGUUCACACCCGCCGAGGAGCCGCGGACGGUCCUGGAGAGGAAGCCCCUGCCCCUGGGCGCGCGCCCCCCGGCGGCCGGCCCCGGCGGCGCGGCCCGGAGCCUCGAGAAGCUGUGCGGCCUGGCGGAGGCGGCGCCCGGCCUCGCGGAGCCCGAGCGGCCGCAGGGCGCGGCGCUGGAGCGGAGCCCGAGCGAGGACGCUGGUGCGGCGGCCUGCAGGGCCUGGGAGCCAGGCGGCGGGGACGCGCGGCGGGCCUCCCGUGCCCGGGGCGAACGUCGAAGGCACACCAUCACAAAUGGGGUGGACUGUGACUUGCUGAAGCAGAUGGCAGAGCUGGAGCAGGAGAAGGAGGUGCUGCUGCAGGGUCUGCAGAUGAUGGCUCGGGGCCGCGACUGGUACCAGCAGCAGCUACAGCGUGUGCAGGAGCGCCAGCGCCGCCUGGGCCAGAGCAGGGCCAGUACCGACUUUGGGGCUGAGGGGAGCCCCCGCCCGCUGGGGCGACUGCUGCCCAAGGUGCAGGAGGUGGCCAGGUUCCUGGGGGAGCUGCUGGCUGCAGCCUGUGCUGGCACGGCUGUGCCCUCAUCCUCCUUGGGGCCCCCGGGCCCCACCUUGGCCCCCACCUCGCCUCCAGCACCCGACUGGCAGCAGCAGACCAUCCUGAUGCUGAAAGAGCAGAACCGGCUUCUCACCCAGGAGGUGACCGACAAGAGCGAGCGGAUCACACAGCUGGAGCAGGAGAAAUCCGCCCUCAUCAAGCAGCUGUUUGAGGCCCGUGCCCUCAGCCAGCAGGACACCGGGCCUCUGGACUCCACCUUCAUCUAACACCCGGACACGGGCUC